AGGAAACGCGUUCGCAAACGACUGCGCGUGAGCCUCUGCAGGAACCGUAGCUCGCAGCUUGUGACGCUUCGAGCCCGAAAGGCGUGUUGGUUCCGACCUCGUGGGUCGGAAUCUUUCCGGGCGAACCAGUCCCGAGGCUGCAUCCAUCUAUAAAAAAUACUUUAUAGAAGACUGGGAGUACAGUAUCAAAGAUCCUGUAACAACAGUAAUGAAUUACAGAGAAGAAAUUAUGAGUUUGAUAGUCCCAGGACAAUUUGAUGAUGCUGACACUUCAGACAGCGAAGCCGCGCAGGUUGCUCAGCCAUCUCAGGAAGAAAAGGUGGUGAUUAAAAUGCAACAGUCCCAUUUGAAUGAGGAAGCCGAUGCAGAUGAAUCUGAUGAGAGCUCUGAGGAUGAGGAAGAUGGAUGGGAUUGGGAUGAUGAUAUGGGAAAGCUGACAAAACGGAAUCCAAUGGCUGGGGGAAGAAACCUACAGGCAAACAAACAGAUUCCCAGCAGCAAUGCAGCCAAAAUGUCUACACCUACAGAUAAAGCAUUAAGAAAGUUUGAAAAUAAAAUCAAUCUAGACAAGCUGCGUUUUGCUGAUUCUGUUAUAAAUAAAGUUACAGAGAAGUCUAGGCAAAGAGAAGCAGAUAUGUACCGGGUAAAAGAUAAAUCAGACAGGGCAACAGUAGAACAAGUCCUGGACCCAAGAACACGAAUGAUUCUGUUCAAGAUGCUUAGCAGAGGAGUGAUAUCCGAGAUCAACGGUUGUGUCAGCACUGGAAAAGAGGCUAAUGUGUAUCACGCCAGCACUGCAAAAGGCGAGAAUAGAGCAAUAAAGAUUUAUAAAACUUCUAUUUUGAUGUUUAAAGAUCGGGAUAAAUAUGUGAGUGGAGAAUUCAGGUUUCGUCAUGGAUACUGUAAAGGAAACCCAAGAAAGAUGGUUAGGACAUGGGCAGAAAAAGAAAUGAGGAAUUUAACCAGGUUACAUACAGCACAAAUCCCAUGUCCAGAACCCAUUAUGCUAAGAAGUCAUGUUCUUGUGAUGGGCUUUAUUGGCAAAAAUGAUAUGCCCGCUCCUUUGUUGAAAAAUGCCCAGUUAUCAGAGUCAAAAGCCCGAGAGUUGUACCUGCAAGUCAUACAAUACAUGAGAAGAAUGUACCAGGACGCCAAGCUUGUUCAUGCAGAUCUCAGUGAAUUUAAUAUGCUGUAUCACAGCGGUCAGGUAUAUAUUAUAGAUGUGUCCCAGUCUGUGGAGCAUGAUCAUCCACAUGCUUUGGAAUUCCUGAGGAAAGACUGUGCCAAUAUCAACGAUUUCUUUUACAAGUACAAUGUUGCGGUGAUGACAGUGAGAGAGCUCUUUGAGUUUGUCACGGAUCCAUCUAUUACGAAUGAGAAUAUGGAUGCCUAUCUUGAAAAGGUAAUGGAAAUUACAGCUGAGAGAACAGUGGAAGAAAGAUCCAAUCAGAAUAAUGUAGAUGAAGAGGUGUUCCGGAAAGCCUAUAUCCCUAGAACUCUGACAGAAGUUAAGAACUAUGAGAGAGAUGUGGACAUAAUGAUGAACCUGAAGGAAGACGAUUCAGCCCUCAGUGUGCAGCAAGAUAAUAUUCUCUACCAGACCGUGACAGGAUUAAAGAAGGAUUUAUCUGGUAUUCAAAAGGUUCCUGCACUCCUUGAAAAUAAUAACGAUGAGGCAGAUUCUAACGAUGAGGAUGAUAGCUCUGACAAUUCAGACUCAUGUUGUAAGGAACAGGAAGACUCGGGGCUUCUUAAAGACCAACCUGCUGAAACAGGUGUAGACAAAAAGGAAAGGAAGAAAAUAGUCAAAGAAGCUCAAAGGGAGAAGAGAAAACACAAGAUUCCAAAGCACGUAAAGAAGCGAAAAGAGAAGACAUAUAUUGGACAGAAUGACUAGAAGACACCACGAACUGGGAAAUAUUGGAACUGCAAUCCAAGAUAUUUGGAGGCUACUACAUUGAAUUAAUAUCCAUAGCAUCUCAUUCCACCCAGAGCUAUGCUGUCUAUACCAUGCACUUUUUAAGAUCUCUUCGUUUCUCAGCUGGUGGCUUUGCCCAACGACUGUCGUUUAAGAUCUCGACAAACCAGGAUACCACCAUUUCUUCAGACUCUGAUGACUUUUUCAUCUAACCAGCUUCUUGCACUAUGAGAUGGCCCCCUCUCGCGGGUGUGGCCCUCUUCUCUAUCGAGGGCCUACCUCGAUGAUGGAUUUUGGAAUCCCGAGAGGUGGCAUGCUUCUAAGAGAGGGUUAAGGAGGUUUUUAAAUUCAUCUUUUUGUAAAUUUUUAUCUAAAUCAAAUAAUGGGUUAUGGGGUGGGGUGGGUGAGGGGGCGCGCCCACAGGGGGUUAGGCUAGUCCCUUCUAAAGUUCACGAUCUGGAGGUCUAUAAAUUGGAGGUCUUGGAGGAGGUUAAGGCUCGACGACAUAUGGGCAUUCCCAUCUGCACGGUACGUGGGAGGGGCAGGUAUGGCAGAAGCAGGGGCUCGUAUCAUGUUCGGGGAGUGCGUUCUCACUGUUUGAAAGCGAUACCGCACUCCGGGCCCCUUGGCUUUACUCGUGUCCCGAGUGGUGAUAUCCCCCGGAACCUGGACCUUCGACUGACGUUAUGCAAUGCCAGGUCCAUCAUGAAUAAGGCCCCCCUCAUAUUCGAUCUUAUUCAAGAGGGGGGAGUGGACCUAAUGGGCAUUACGGAGACCUGGUUGGGCAUGGAAAGGGGAGUUCCCCUCACCGAGAUGUGCCCACCAGGCCUCCGUGCAUUCCAUCAGCCGAGGGCCCAGGGUAGGGGUGGGGGGGUGGCGGUUGUUAUUAAUGAGAGUCUGGAUCCGAGGGAGAUCGCUGUCCCGCAGAUAGCUGGUUGUGAAUCCCUCUUAGUGAGGUGGGGCCGGGGGGUGCAGGUGGGCUUGCUGAUUACGUACCUGGCUCCUUGCUACAUGACGGCAGCCCUGCCCAAGCUGCUGGAGAUGAUAGCCGGGAUGGCGGGUGAGACCCCCAGACUUAUGGUCAUGGGGGAUUUCAACUUGCCGUCGGUGGGUGAAUCGUCAAUGGCAGCUCGGGAGUUCAUGGCCUCCAUGACGGCCUUGGACCUGACCCAGGUAGUUGACGUCCCCACCCACGCCAGGGGUAACACACUGGACUUGAUUUUCAUCUCGGGACAGUGGCUAAAUGAUCUGGAGUUAGGGGAAUUAAUAUCUCAUCCCCUGUCAUGGUCAGAUCAUUUACUCCUUCAGCUAGGCUUUCGGACCGCUACACCUCACCGCAGGGAGACGGAACCGGUUCAAUGGUUCCGUCCCAGGCACCUGAUGGACCCAGAGAAGUUUCUGACGGAGCUUGGGCCAGUUCCGAGGGAUUUAGCCCAUGGCUCGGCCGAGGAACUGGUGGCCGCCUGGGAGGAGGCGGCGGCUGGCGCCUUGGACCGCAUCGUGCCUUUGUGGUUUCUGACCCGGCGACAAACUCGACCAGCUCCUUGGUAUAACGAGGAGCUGAGAGAGAUGAAGCGCCGGAAAAGAAGCCUAGAGAGCGCCUGGAGGUCCAGCCGCUCCGAACCUGACCGAACACUAGCUAGGUCAUAUAUUCAGACCUAUCUAGUGGCGAUCAGGGCAGCGAAACAUAACUAUUUCUCCGCACUCAUCGCAUCGGCAGAUAAUCGCCCAGCCACCCUGUUUAGGGUGACCCGCUCCCUGCUUACACAGGGGGCUCGGGAGGACCCCUUACAGGGACGUGCUGAGGAUAUUGUACAGUAUCUGUCUGAUAAAAUCACUCAGAUUCGGGAUGGCUUGGACACUGAUUGGAUAGAUCCGGGUGGGAUGGCGGGGACGAGUCUUGAAAAUGUUAUCUGGGCUGAGUUCGAUCCUGUGACCCCUGAUAACAUGGACAGGUUGUUGGGUAGGUUGAAUCCCACCACAUGUUUAUUGGACCAGUGUCCCUCCUGGAUGGUACUGGCCACACGGGAGGUCACACGAAGCUGGCUCCUGGGAGUUACCAACGCUUCUUUGUUUGAGGUGUUUUCCCCGCUGCCUUGAAAGAGGUGGUGGUGAGGCCCCUCCUUACCCCUUCCUUAAGAAGCCCACCCUGGACCCGGCUGUAUUAGCGAACUAUCGUCCAGUCUCCAACCUUCGCUUUCUGGCAAAGGUUGUUGAGGGUAUGGUGGCAUAUCAGCUUCCUCAAUACCUGGAGGAAACUGUCUAUCUAGACCCGUUCCAGUCCGGUUUCAGACCUGGAUACAGCACCGAGACGGCUUUGGUCGCGUUGGUGGAUGACCUCUGGAGGGCCCGGGACAGGGGUUGUUCCUCUGUCCUGGUUCUAUUUGAUCUCUCGGCGGCUUUUGAUACCAUCGACCAUGAUAUCCUGCUGCACCGGUUGGAGGGCUUGGGAGUGGGAGGCACUGUUUAUCGGUGGUUCUCCUCCUAUCUCUCUGACCGUUCGCAGACGGUGUUGGCAGGAGGGCAGAGAUCGACCCCGAGGCACCUCACUUAUGGGGUGCCUCAGGGGUCUGUUCUCUUGCCUCUCCUGUUCAACAUCUAUAUGAAGCCGCUGGGUGAGGUUAUCCGUGGUUUCGGGGUGGAUUAUCAUCUGUACGCUGAUGAUACACAGCUGUACAUUUCCACCCCGAACCACCCCAACGAAGCCGUUGAGGUGAUGGGCCGGUGUCUUGAGGCCGUGCGGGUCUGGAUGGGGAGGAACAGGCUCCGACUCAACCCUUCCAAGACAGAGUGGCUGUGGGUUCCGGCGUCCCGGUACAGUCAGCUUACACCAUUGCUGACUGGGGGGGGGGAAGUACUGACCCCCAGGGGAGGAGUGCACAACUUAGGCGUUCUCCUGGACAAUUGGCUGUCCUUAGAGGAACAUUUGACGGCCGUCGCCAGGGGAGCAUUUUAUCAGGUUCACCUGAUUCGCCAGUUGCGCCCCUUCCUUGACCGGGACGCCUUACGCACGGUCACUCAUGCCCUCGUCACUUCCCGCCUAGACUAUCGCAAUGCUCUCUACAUGGGGUUCCCCUUGAAGAGCACCAGGAGGUUCCAGUUAGUCCAGAAUGCGGCCGCGCAUGUGAUAGAGGGAGCACCGCGUUGCUUCCAUAUAACACCCAUCCUGCGCGGCCUACACUGGCUGCCGGUAGCCUUCCGGGUGCAAUUCAAGGUUUUGGUCACCAUCUUUAAAGCGCUCCAUGGCUUAGGACUGGGAUAUCUAUGAGACCGCCUUCUGCCGCCGAUUGCCUCCCAACGACCAGUGCGCUCCCACAGAGUGGGCCUCUUCAGGGUGCCGUCGACCAAGCAAUGUAGGUUGGCAACCCCCAGGGGGAGGGCCUUCUCUGUGGCAGCACCGGCCCUGUGGAACGAGCUUCCUCCAGGGCUACGGCAACUCCCUGACCUCCGGACCUUCAGGCGUGAACUGAAGACUUUAUUAUUUCAACGAGCUGGACUAGCCUAAGAAUAAAAUAUUUUAAUGGGUUUUUAAUCGGUUUUUAUCAUUUUAGUGAUUUGGCUGUUAUAAUAUUUUGUUUUAAUUGGGUUUUAAAUUGGUAUUUAUUAGAUUAUUGUAUUUUAAUAUGCCUGUGAACUGCCCUGAGUCCUGCGGGAGAUGGUGUGGUAUAAAAGUAUGAUUAAUAAAUAAAUAAAUAAAUAGAAA